UCCAGAAGGAAGCAGAUCUGUCCCUCUCUCCAUCCCCGGCUACAGGCGCGGCCUUCAGAUGGGUGUGGUGCCCUAAGAAGGGGAGUUCUCUUCCUACACUGAGUCGACUCUUAACUCUUCACACUGAAUGAACAAUGAUUGAAAUCUGAGGGAGAGGCGCUUCUUUUAACAGCAUGCUGAAUGUCUUUGUUUUCAUAGUUAAUUUACCACUUUUAGAAAGUUGAGUCAGGACUUCUGGAUCUCUGCUGGAGCCCAAAGACUGCUCAAGAACAAUGGGACUCCUGCAGACGCUGAAAUCACAGUUUGUGUGUUUCCUGAUCAUCAGCUAUGUGUUCCUGGUCAGCGGACUCAUCAUCAACGUGUUGCAGUUCUGUACUUUACCUCUGUGGCUGGUCAGUAAGCAGCUGGCUCGCAGGGUCAACAUCAGACUGGGAUACUUAAUCAGCAGCCAGCUGGUAGCUAUCCUGGAGUGGUGGUCUGGGACUGAGUGCACGCUCUACACAGACCCAAAGUGCUUCCACCUGUAUGGAAAUGAAAAUGCGAUUGUGGUUCUGAACCACACCUUUGAGAUCGACUUCCUGUGUGGUUGGACCUUCUGUGAAAGAUUCGGCGUGCUCGGGAGCUCUAAAGUGUUAGCCAAGAAGGAGCUGAGUUACGUACCCAUCAUUGGAUGGAUGUGGUACUUCCUGGAGAUUGUUUUCUGCAAGAGGAAGUGGGAGGAGGACCGGAGGACUGUGGCUGAGAGUCUGCAGAACCUGUGGGAUUACCCAGAACACUUUUGGUUCUUGCUUUACUGUGAAGGAACACGCUUCACCCAAAAGAAGCACCAGGUCAGCAUGCAGGUGGCUGAGAGCAAAGGCUUACCCAAACUGAAGUAUCACCUUCUGCCCAGGACCAAAGGAUUCUGGGUAACCGUUCAAAACCUCAGAGGGACAGCUGCAGCAGUUUAUGACUCCACGCUGAACUUCAGAGACAAAGAAGCACCAUCGCUGCUUGGGAUGCUUCAGGGGAAGAAAUACCACGCUGAUUUAUACGUGAGGAGGAUCCCGUUAGAGUCCAUCCCUGAAGGGGAAGCAGAGUGUGCCGCUUGGCUCCACAAACUCUACCAGGAAAAGGACACCUUUCAGGAGCAUUACAAACAGACCGGGUGCUUCCCCGGCCCCACAGUGGACACACCACGACGCCCCUGGACCCUGAUCAACUGUCUCUUCUGGGCCAGCCUGCUCCUCUACCCUCUGGGCCUUCUGUUCAUCAGACUGAUCAGCUCUGGAUCCAUCCUGACCAUCUUAGCCUGUGUGGCUCUCUUAUCUGCAGCCUCACUUGGAAGCCGCUGGCUGAUUAGCCAGACUCAGAUCAACAGAAGCUCCAGCUACGGGAACAAGGAAGUUCCUCUGAACAACAACUAAAGACUCCUUCAGCUUGGCUACGAACCUGCGAGCUGUUGGCAGCCGACCGGGAAAACACCCGUCUGACAGGAUCUGCUGGUCCAACAUGUGCAAACCUGCCUCCGAGCUCAGGGCAGGCGGUUCAGGCGCUCCUUAAUGCUCUGCUGACAUUUAAAUAUUCCUGCAGCAAGCUCAGUGUGUGACCGUGGCACCAUGGAGGGAGGAUCCCUGAGGGGACGGAAGGAUCGGGGUCAAGGUUUUAAAAAAGGCUUUACUAAGUUCAUUUAACUAAAAACAGGCAAACAGCAUUUUACAGCACUACCUCUUUGAUUUUUAUGCAAAUGUUUUUUAAUUCAUUUUACAUGAUGGAGUGAAAUAAACAUUCAGCUUUUUUAAACAAA